UGUAUUUAAAUGCAAAUGGGUUGAUAGUAAUAGUGGUGUCAAAAUUGAUGAAUUUGGAUUUACCUUGGUGGACCUUAAUAAAGUUGGUCAUAAAGAAGAGCCUUUCAUCAUGGCUAUUCAAGUAAAGCAAGUAUUUUAUGUCACUGAUCCAUCUAAUAAUAGGUGGUUAGUUGUUUUGCAAGGUAGGAGUAACAAUAUCGGUGACGAAUUUGGGGAUUCAAUUGAUAUUAUGGAUACUCCUUCCUUCUCAACAUGUCUGCCAACUUUUAAUGAAAAUGAUGAUGUGGACGAUAUACAUGCCACUCGUGAUGAUCAUCAGGAAGGAAUAUGGGAAAACAUUCCAACUUCAUGAUAUUUCUGAAAUAGGUAAAUAUGGAUGAACCUCAAGACUCUACUUCAGGCUUUACACAGUCUACAUCCUCUACACAAUCUACAACCAAGAAGAAUGUCAGAGGUCCCACUAGAAUGAAAAAUGUUGCAGCCAAACGCCUCAAUGGACAGAGGAUACAUGUUGAUAUAGAUGAGAUCACUGGGCACCCUACGGGGGAUUCAGCUGCCCAAUUUAUGAGUACGAUGGGGGUUCAUGCUAGAACCAAGGUUUCUAUUUUAUUGCCCAGUUGGGAUGAGGUAGAGGAGGUUGUCAAAAACCAUAUUUGGACAGAUGUUUUGGAAACUUGGGAUAUUCCCAACACAGAGAGGAUGAGAAGGAAGACCCUCUCUAUUGUGGCUGAGAGGUGGAGGCAAUAUAAGACCACCCUCACAAACAAGUAUAUUUUUGGUGAAAAGAAAGGACAAUUUCCUGGUGAUAAAAAUCCCACUAUAGACCAAGAGACGUGGAACACAUUUAUAGAGUCUAGAAUGAGUGUGGAGUUUUUGGUAAGUUAGGAUUAUAUGCAUUACCAUUUGUGUAGUUGUGAAUA